UUUUGGAGUCUCAGUUUUUCUUAAUUGUUUAAUUGUUUGAUAUUUGCAUGCUGGGCUUUGGCUGGAAUUAGUUGGAUAAGGUAUCCCUGGAGCCUGGGGCAAGUUGUUACUUGCCUGCAGGCUACAGAGCAAUGUAGAAAGCAGUGUUUCAGAGGCUGGAUCUUGAGGAAAAUCAGAAAUCAAGACCAGGCUGUUUAUCUGAAUCUUCAGGCCAACAGAGCUUAGAAAAAAGAGAGCAUCCAGCUCUCAUGUGUGACUGUAAGUCUAGUGCAUCAUUAACCCAAGGACCUCACCACUUGGAAGUUACCGUUUUCACCAUCAGCUUACCUUAUCCUUUUUGGUCCAGUUCUUUUCUUCAAACAGUAAAAGCCUCUUUCUUUCAAGUUGCUUUUGGUGCACAGUUAAGCAAAUGGCUGAUAGUGGCUUUGGUAAAAAAUCCACAAAAUGCUCCAAAUGUUCAUCUACUUCUCAGAAAAAUGUACUUUGUGUAUGUUCUUGUAAAACAAGGCUUUCUCCAAUGUCGGUGGUGGAAAUGUCACAGACAUCAAGCAUUGGUAGCUCAGAAUUUCCAGUUUCAGCAGAGAGAAAAAAAGAAAGACAACCCAUCAAAGAUACUGCCUCUGGAAAAGAUUUGCCCUCAAGAACCACAGAUGUAGAGAGAAAACCAUCUCAACAACAAUGGAGUCGGAGCAACUUUACAGAAGGGAAAGUUCCUCACAUAAGGAUGGACGAUGGAGCUGCUAUUCAGGAAAUCUAUACCUUUGGAAGAAUAUUGGGACAAGGGAGCUUUGGAAUGGUCAUCGAAGCUAUAGACAAGGAAACAGAAACUAAGUGGGCAAUUAAAAAAGUGAACAAAGAAAAGGCUGGAAGGUCUGCCGUGAAGUUACUUGAACAGGAGGUGAACAUCCUAAAAAGUGUGAAGCACCAACACAUCAUACAUCUGGAACAAGUAUUUGAGACGCCUAAGAAAAUGUACCUUGUGAUGGAGCUUUGUGAGGAUGGAGAACUCAAAGAAAUUCUGGAUAGGAAAGGCCAUUUCUCAGAGAAUGAGACAAAGUGGAUCAUUCGGAGUCUCGCCUCUGCUAUAGCCUAUCUUCACAAUAAGGAUAUAGUGCAUAGAGAUCUAAAACUGGAAAACAUAAUGGUUAAAAGCAGCUUUAUUGAUGGUAAUGAUGAAAUGAACUUAAACAUAAAGGUGACUGAUUUCGGCUUGGCGGUGAAGAAGCAGGGCAGGAGUGAAGCCAUGCUGCAGACCACCUGUGGGACCCCCAUCUAUAUGGCCCCUGAAGUUAUCAAUGCCCACGACUAUAGCCAGCAGUGUGACAUUUGGAGCAUAGGUGUCAUAAUGUACAUUUUAUUAUGUGGAGAACCACCCUUUAUGGCAAGCUCAGAAGAGAAGCUUUUUGAAUUAAUAAGAAAGGGAGAAUUAAAUUUUAAAAAGUCAGUCUGGGAUUCCAUAAGUGAUUCUGCUAAAAGUGUUUUGAAACAACUUAUGAAAGUAGAUCCUGCUCACAGAAUCACAGCUAAGGAACUACUGGAUAACCAGUGGUUAACAGGCAAUACACUUUCUUCGGCGAGACCAACCAAUGUGUUAGAAAUGAUGAAAGAAUGGAAAAAUAACCCAGAAAGUGAUGAGGAAGGUGCAGCAGACCAAAAGAACAACUGGUCUAUACAAGAAAAGCUGAAAGAUUUCCAGCCCAGUAGAAAUGUCCAUGAUGUCAGGAACUCUUCAGAUGAAGAAGAGGAAAAACAGCCCACUGUUUAUGAAAAGACAUUUUCUGUGCCCAGUAAGAAGGAAAAUAUGGAUGACUUGGACACCAGUUAUUCAAGUUACACAUCUAGCAGGCUCCUUCCUGUUGAACUCAAGGGAGAAAUGGAGAAACCCACUGUGACUUCAAGCCAAGGAACAGCAACCAAAGGCACUUCUAAAGCCAUUGCCCUGCCUAGAACCAAAAAGAACCUCUAACAAUGCUGAAUCCUACAAAAACAGAGCUGCUCUUUCUAGUGCUAAAAACAGGGGAUAGGAGGAGAAAGGACAAUACUAUGUCGAGCUUUUAGCCUUUUAGCUGCGCUGAGCCCUGCCACGUGUUUUCACCAGUUUGAAAUUGAAGCUAGUUCUCUCCAAAGCAGCAUGGUGUUAAAGGGCUGAAACCACCAGGCUGGAUGGCUUGUGCAGCCGAAAUCAGCUCCAAGUGUUCUUGAGAGUUGUUUAGAGGAACAGAUGCCCUCAAAGCAAGGCUGUGGGCACACUGGCCCAGUUUUACGUCAAAUUCUUACAUUUAGGCACAAUUACUUAAGGGGAAAAUGAGAGCCAAAUAUGGUCACGGAGGGUCCAAAUGAUUAUGUGCACUUUGCACUGGAAGAUUUGUUAGGAAAUUACUAAUAAACCUGCCACAGGCAUAACAGAAGUGCUUCAGCCAUUCAUGUGUGUUCUUGUGAUUUUAGGUUGCUGUAGAUUGUUUAAGACAACUUAUUUUAAAUGUAGAAAAGAAGAUUUUGUAACUGCUUGCCCUUAACUUGCUGCUAAAUUCCCAGUGUGUUGAUUGAAUCAAUAAAAACCCAGAUGUUAC